AUGGCAACACCACGAGAAGUAUACCUCAGUGGGAAGGCAGUGGGUUACCUGCUCAACUCGAUGUGUGAGAUUACAGAUGUCCAAGAAGCCCCUGAUACGAUGGCGUCUCGCUUGCGAAUAUCUUGCUGGAUUAUGACAAGCCCACGGAAUCUUGAAAAGAGGGCGAGAUUUAUCCAGAUGACGUGGGCUAAACGCUGUGACAAAGUGGUGUUCAUCAGCUCGGAAACGAACACGACCUUUCCAACGGUUGGACUUAACGUUUCUGAAGGUCGGAACCAUUUGACCGAAAAAACUCUUGGAGGCUUUCGUUAUAUUUAUGAACAUCAUUUCGACGACUGUGAUUGGUUCUUUAAAGCAGAUGACGACACUUACCUCGUUGUGGAAAACCUUCGUCACUUCCUUGCUGAUUUCGACACAAACGAGCCACUAUAUUUCGGCCAUCAUUUUAAGGCAAUUAUUAAACAAGGAUACUCUAGUGGCGGAUCCGGAUUGGUUGUCAGCAAAGAAGCCCUGAGAAGGUUUGGUCAACAUGGACAUCGUCCGAAAAUAUGUCGACAAAAGGGCACAGCGGGGGAUGCAGCAUUUGGUCAGUGCAUGCAGUCAUUGGAAGUAAAGUUAGCAAAUUCAACAGAUUCGCAAGGAAGGAGCAAGUUUCAUUGCAUGACUCCACACUCCCACCUGUCCGGUAAAUACCCACAGUGGUACCGGAAGUACGACGCCAACGGUGCCAAGAAGGGUAUCCAGAGCAUGAGUGAUCAUCCCAUCUCUUUCCAUUACGUCGGCGGAUACAAACAGCUGGAGUUGGAAUAUCUGAUGUACCGCGCCCGAAUACAUCAUUAUGUGCCUAGUCUGUCACUGGAUUAAAAGAAAA